GGUCGAUCAUCGACAGACGAAUCGUAGAAUAGGCGCAGUUUUUCAUUCAUAGGUGAUUGGAGAUCUCCAAAUAUUGCUUUAUUUAUUGGUCACUGUGUUUUAUAAAACUUUGGUCGCGGCGCGGUUACAUAUUUUCUUUUCACUAUUUUGUUUAUAUUUCGACGAAUAGUGUUUGAAAUCUUUUGAUUUCGUAGUGCUCAGAGGUCGCAUCCAUCAAAAUGUCCGUGUGUUUUUACGUGCCAGCCGACCAAGCGGGCAACAAUGCAGAGGAAGUGGAGCAGGAGGGAGCGGAGGAGGUGUCCCAAGUGGAUGAUACUCAGCACACGCUGGAGCAAUUCUGGCAGAAUGUAACGGAGGACAUCAAGAAAGUCAAUGCGGAAGACUUCAAAACCCAAGCACUACCCUUAGCCCGUAUAAAGAAAAUCAUGAAGUUAGACGAGGAAGUGAAGAUGAUAUCGGCAGAGGCUCCCGUGAUGUUCGCCAAGGCUGCGGAGAUCUUCAUACACGAGCUCACGUUGAGGGCUUGGCAGCACACUGAGGAUAAUAAGCGGAGGACUUUGCAGCGCAACGACAUAGCGAUGGCGAUAUCCAAAUCGGACCAGUUCGACUUCCUAAUCGACAUCGUCCCGCGACACGAAGUGAAGCCCACCAAGCCGCGAGAGGAGCCCCCACGAGCCACAACGUCUUCUGAUCAGUACUGCGUGCAGCUGUCCCAGCAGCAACCGAUGUCGAGCUCCGCGCAGCCGCAGUUCAUUAUACAGCCCACACAGAUAGUGCAGCAGCAGCAAUCCAGCUCUCAGGCGAGCUCGUCAGGCAGCGUGGUCCCGCAGCCUGUGGCCCUCGUGCAACAGCUCGUGUCCGGGGGAGAUGGAGGCGUGCAGCAACUGCCGAUCCAACUGACUCAGGCGCAACUGAAUAUGAUCAGACUCCAAGUGCAAAACAACCCGAGCCAGCCCAUCAUCAUACAGACGCAGCACCAGUCGCCGCAGAUUAUACAGGUGACAUCGCAAGCGCAGCACCAGCCGCAGCAGCAGCAGGUAUUCCUGGCGCAGGUGGCCAACAGCCAGGAGGAGUCCUAGUACAGCGAAGAGUCCAGUGAUACUUCAGUAUCAGACUUCAGUAUCAGUGACUUUGAAGUAUAUGUAGAGUGACAUAAUUGUGAAGUGAGAGUGAGGGGAGUAUAAAUGUAAGACCGAUUUAAAACCAAUUUAACCAAUCCGUUCAACACAUUGACAGUCCUCAUACAAGGGUGAAUAUCAAAAUGUGGCAAGUUUGGUGGCGAACUUUCAUAUUAUUUUUUCGUGAACAAUUGGGUUCCGACAUGAAAAAGGAUAGUUCUUCUAGCUACUAAGGCAACUUGUUCCUCGUAGCUAGAACUACACCCACCAAUUGUUUCGACUUCCUUGUAAGUAGCAUAUUACUUCAACCUUUGCUAAGUUACCCGGCAUCCAAGUGGAGCACACGCCUUUAGUGCGUACCUGGUUGUUUCUUAGUGACCCAUGUAUGGGUCACCGACGUAUGGAGCUAGUCCGUCAUGACCCGUAUAUGGAUCACUGGACUGUCAACGUGUUAAAAAUUAAACCAUUUAAAAUCGAAAUAAACCACGCACCGGCGCGAUGGCCUUGAAGACAUAACGUUGUCUCUGUCAUGCGCAAGUAAAAAUGACAGUAAUAUCAGUAUAUAAUUCCUCUAAUGUAGUGUGUAUGUGUUUAAUAAGUAUAAUUUGUACCUACAUAGGUACUUAGGUUUUCGUGUGCUAGGUAAUGUAGUUACGUAUCAUUGAUUUUCCGUAUUUUUUUUGACGUGACUUAUUGUAGAUUUGCCGCAGAUGGCAUUAACUACUUGGCCGGACAAAUGGGGAGCGCUGAAGGCUCUCACCCGAUAUUGAUUUUCUGUAAAUUACGUAAUUGAAACGAAAUACGACGUCAGAUGACCAAAACUUGUCCAUAAUGGAGUGUAAAACACAUUUGUUUUAUUUUUGUAAACGAGUUUUCAACUAUUUAACACUUUCAAGGACAGAAUGUCUAGGGACGUUCCGAUUCCAAGGUGUCAUACUACCUAUUAUGAACCAUUAGUGUCCCAUGGUCUCUGUCCGAGAAAGGGUUAAAACGGUUUAUUUCGGCUUUAAAACGGCAGCAUUAUUAAGUUGGAAUUAACAUCUAAAGCACUUAUGUCUGUGAUCCUUUGAAACUGUAAAAAUCAAGCUUGUAAAUCAACUCAAUACAGAGAUACGACCACUCAAGGCUUAUUUUCUAACAGGAGGACCCGGUGGUGUAACGGUUAACACGUUCGUCGGUUCGAGUCGGAAAUUGUUUCGAUUCAAAAUUUUCUCUUCGUUAGUUCUAACAUUUCGCAGGGGAAUCAUACAUUUUAAGUCGGUUGUUUUACAUCUGUAGUUAGGAGAAAGGUGGGUGAGUACACUAGGGGUGUCAUUCACAUUACCGUGAACGGAACAAUAUCUUAGAAUCUUUUGUCUUUUUGUAAAUAAAAAUCUCCGGUUAGAACUUAAGUUGGCGACAUAUGAAUUUGUACGGUCGCGAGUACUAAUAUGUAUAUUGUAUACACUUUGAAACCAUGUCACAUUAACUUUUUUGACAAAUCAAACCGUAAGUCUCAUUAAAUGUCAAAUAUGAUAGUGCGACAGGGAUCUAAAGAGGGUACAUGAUGUAGCUCAUGACUGUACAAGUUAUUAAUGUAGAUUUUACAGCAUUCUAUACCUAUUUAAUCCGUAUUUAAAUGAUGUAGCAUACAUAGUAGUUGUCUAAGUAUAAUAGUACUUAAAAUGAGAUUUGAUUUCACAUUGUUACGGCGUAUUACCACAGAACCACCCCAUAUAAAAAGAUUUAUUACCGCGUUGUGGAGUGGAUACACUCCUCGUUUCUCCACAUUUUAUAGCAAUUUACCACGAUUUUUUUGCUGGACAGUAUGGAGAACUUAGGAACACUCAACAGUACUGCCGCCUACAUUUGAGCUUGUAGUUUUUAUCCUCAUUCCACCAUGAUGGUCCAUUAAGAACGAGAGGUUGGUCUACUCAUCAUAUUAUGGUUUAUCACAUCACAUCAUAAUACGCCUGUAUCAAAAGUAGCUGCAAAUUGGUUUCCGAUUGCUACCCCACGAAUGUCUAAAGUGUAAAUAUUUUGUACAUAAAUUAUUCGAAAUAAAUGCUUAUUAAAUUUG